GGCGUUCAAUCAUCUUCAGCGAUGACAACAGAAGUAGCCCCGCCCCCUCAGAGGUUUACGCAGUCCACUGAUCUGAUGGCGUAACGUGAGUGUCGACGCCACUCUUUAGACCCAUCCACCGUCUGUGAGAUCGUGUAGGACCCCGCAGCUCGGUGUACGCUGCCUGUGCGUGAUUGGUUAGUUUUUUUUGUGGGUUGCGUUUAAAGACGUCCGAAUUUGGCAGUUACCCAAAAAAAAAAAGUAGGCUGUUAAUUGAGAAAAACAAAGACAAAAAACAUGUGCCCAAAAGUGCUGCUAUCAUCGGACGGUACUAAAAAAAAAAAAAGAAAUCUAAAUUCUCUAAACAAAUGGCAUGAUUGUUUUUAAUGGGCUCGGUUGUACGAGCAGCGUAUUGCGUUGGGCUGCUUGUUGUGGGCUUUUAUUUUGACAGCUGGACUCUUACCCGGAACAUACUGUCUGUAGCGAGUAGCAGCACUUGGAUCGUCGGUAGUCAAAAGUCCAGACCGGUCAUUUGACAAAUUCUACUUCUGUACAACCUCAUGUUCAAUUUUGCAUAAACUGCAGGGUGAUGUUUAGGAGUGUAUUCAGGUGCCUUAGGACCAAUCCUGUUGCUGGCCAAAGGACUAUGUCUCAAAGCAGCCUUGCUGGAAAGGUAGCUAUAGUGACUGCCUCCACAGAUGGAAUCGGUCUAGCUGCAGCUCAGGCUCUGGGGAAGAGAGGAGCCCACGUGGUGGUGAGCAGCCGACGGCAGGCCAACGUGGACAAGGCUGUGGCACUGCUGAAGAGCCAGAGCAUCCAAGUGACUGGGACCACCUGUAAUGUUGGCAAGGAAGAAGACAGAGAGAAACUGGUUCAAAUGACUCUGGAUCAGUGCGGGGGCAUCGACAUCCUGGUGUCCAACGCAGCAGUCAACCCUUUCUUUGGAAACAUCAUGGACUCCACAGAGGACGUCUGGGACAAGAUCCUGUCUAUAAAUGUGAAAUCAUCCUUCCUCAUGACUAAGCUCGUGGUGCCUCACAUGGUGAAGAGGGGGGGGGGAAAUGUGGUAUUUGUGUCAUCGGUGGCAGCUUACCAACCAAUGCAGGCCCUGGGUCCUUACAGUGUGAGUAAGACAGCCCUGCUGGGUCUGACCCGGGCGCUGGCUCCCGAGCUGGCUGACAGUAACAUAAGAGUCAACUGCGUGGCCCCCGGUGUUAUCAAGACCCGCUUCAGCUCUGCGUUAUGGUCAAACGAAGACAUCAUGGACGAGUUCAAAAAGCAGCUCAGCAUUAAAAGAAUUGGAGAGCCGGAGGAAAUUGGUGGAGUGAUUGCUUUCUUGUGCUCUGAGGAGGCUUCCUACAUCACUGGAGAGACGAUCACAGUGACCGGAGGGAUGGCCUGUCGACUCUGAAGAUCACAUUUGCAUUUGAUUGUGUGUGUUCAGUGUAAAUAUACAGUAUGUUAUGAUUAUGAUUAUAUUUUUAUUACAUCCACUACUCAUCUGAAGUGCACAGCCAGAUUAAAGCUGGACUAGAUUAAUACUUAAGAAACCUUAAUAUAACCAAUUAUUAAAGAUUGUUGGGGUCUUUUAAGUGGCUGAUGUUUUGUUUGUGUGAAGAUUUCUAAUCAAGAUAUUGAAAUGUAUAAAACAUUCCUAAAUAACACCCACAGACCAGGAAUGUCCAUUCUGAUAGCUGUGAUAAUAAAUGUUAUUCUCCAUCUGAUAAAUUGAAAUUAAAAAUUACAUUUCUAAAUAAA